GUGUGGCGGGGGAGGAGGCAUGGGGUGUGUUGGGUCCUCACAGCCAUAUUUGCUACUGCUUCUGGGGGGUGUGGGUCGCUGUUCUGAGUGUGAGCCGGGGCUCGGGAUCUGCAGAAAAUGAUCCACAGUCUGUUUCUUAUAAACUGUUCUGGUGAUAUAUUCUUGGAGAAGCACUGGAAGAGCGUUGUGAGCCAAUCUGUGUGUGAUUAUUUCUUUGAAGCUCAAGAGAAAGCAGCCGAUGUUGAGAAUGUGCCCCCUGUCAUCUCAACGCCCCACCACUACCUCAUCAGCAUCUACCGGGAAAAAAUCUUCUUUGUGUCUGUCAUACAGACAGAAGUGCCACCACUCUUUGUAAUUGAAUUCCUGCACCGAGUAGCAGAUACAUUUCAGGAUUAUUUUGGAGGGUGCUCUGAGACUGCAAUUAAGGACAAUAUGGUUAUUGUGUAUGAGCUUCUAGAAGAAAUGUUAGACAAUGGCUUUCCAUUGGCAACGGAAUCAAAUAUCUUAAAAGAGUUGAUUAAACCUCCCACGAUUCUGCGCUCUGUUGUCAAUUCCAUCACAGGCAGUAGCAAUAUGGGUGAAACACUUCCCACUGGACAGCUGUCCAACAUUCCUUGGCGCAGAGCAGUGGUAAAGUACACAAACAACGAAGCCUAUUUUGAUGUAAUUGAAGAAAUAGAUGCAAUUAUAGACAAAUCAGGUUCCACAGUCUUUGCAGAAAUUCAAGGUGUCAUUGAUUCCUGCAUUAAGUUGUCAGGAAUGCCUGAUCUUUCUCUUUCUUUCAUGAACCCGAGGCUUCUGGAUGACGUCAGUUUCCAUCCCUGUAUUCGGUUCAAGCGUUGGGAGUCUGAAAGAGUGCUCUCAUUUAUUCCUCCAGAUGGCAACUUCAGACUGAUAUCCUACCGUGUGAGCUCCCAAAACUUGGUAGCAAUUCCUGUGUAUGUGAAACACAUAAUCAGUUUUAAGGAGAACAGCUCUUCAGGGAGAUUCGAUGUUACAAUUGGACCUAAACAGAAUAUGGGGAAGACAGUGGAAGGAGUCAUUGUGACGGUUCAUAUGCCAAAAGCUGUACUAAACAUGAACCUUACUUCCACACAAGGCAGCUAUACAUUUGAUCCCGUCCUUAAAGUGUUAACUUGGGACAUUGGCAAAAUUACCCCUCAAAAGCUACCAAAUCUUAAGGGCAUAGUGAAUCUACAGUCUGGAGCCCCCAAGCCAGAGGAGAAUCCCAGCCUAAACGUUCAGUUUAAGAUACAACAACUAGCUAUUUCAGGAUUGAAAGUAAAUCGCCUUGACAUGUUUGGAGAGAAAUACAAGCCUUUUAAAGGUGUUAAGUACAUCACAAAAGCAGGAAAAUUCCAAGUCCGGACAUGAGAAGAUGCUGUAUUUGCCAGAGCAAGUAGUACUAUUUUUUUCCUUCAGAUUUUGAAAUUGCGACCGCUUAGUGACGUAUGUUGCUAUUAGGUGCCAAUUGAGUAAUUAUGCACACUAAUUUGGGAUCAAAGCAUUUCUAUUCACAGCAACUAUUCAAAUUAAAGUGUAAUCUGUUUUUUCAUAAA